CAUUUCAAAAAAAAAAAAAAGAUGGAAUAUGUAGCGUGCUAUUAACAUCAUCAUCAUAUACACAUACACCUCUCCUAUACUCGUCAAGAAACAGUUUUUAGCAUCUAUAUAUCUGUCGUCCUUUUUGUGGUCAAAUGCAUUCUAACUGAAACACAAGUAACAUUAACAAUAACAUACAUACUGUUAUAUGUAUAUGUAUUAUUGUUGGUGACGAUGGGUGUUUCACAAACAGAAAUUCCAACGGCGUCUCCACAUAUGUAUCCUCAGGAGCUUCAGUUAAAGCUGUACCAGGCCUUCAUUUUCUCGAUUCCAAUACUGUUCUCCAUAAUUCUGGUUCUCCUAUUCUACUUGUUCUACCUCAAGAGAAGGGCUUCCUCUCUCUCUUCUCCUCCCCUUCACUUACUUCCUACAAUUCCCGAUCCUCAAACUGCUCCCUACCCUUAUCCUUCUUCGCCAUACCGUUUAGAUCUGACGCUGCAAUUUCUGGACAAACUUCCAAGAAUUUUAUUUGAUGAGGAACUGAGAUCGAGGGACUCCUUAUGCUGUGUAUGUCUUGGAGAAUUUGAGGUAAAAGAGGAGGUUCUACAGAUUCCAUAUUGCAAGCAUGUGUUUCACAUAGAAUGCAUACACAACUGGCUUCGAUCAAACUCCACAUGCCCACUAUGUAGAUGCUCCAUCAUCCCCACCACCACCAAGUUCAUUCUCAACAAUCCUCCAGUCCUACCACCGCAGCACCAAGGUGGCUCGCCAUCACACGUCAUCGUAUCUUUGCCUCCUCCUCGACCAGAACAUGAACCCGCUGCUGCUUCCUCAAUAAACACAACUUAAUAAGGGAAUCCGAUAAUACACUUACCCUGGCCUUUUCAAUUGAUGAACGGAACAAAAAUGUCUACUCAUAUAAUCAAAACCAAUAAGCAUCAAUCAAGUAAUUGUAUAUUUGGCCCUUCAUGAAACUAAUUUGAUGUGCCAAUAAUUUGCUGCCAUGACGACGAUGGAUACCAUCAUAAAUAGAAACGUUUCACCUUUCACUUAA